AUGUCCCAGGCAUCAAUCGCACCCGAACUGGUGCCGAAUCCAUUCCACGGAACCAGCAAAUAUAAACAGUAUGCGCAGGCUGUUGAUAAAGCGCUGAAAGCUUUCGAAAAUACGAACGAAUGGGCCGAUCUCAUCUCCGCGUUGCAAAAGCUUUCCAAGGUGUUCAGUUCAAACUCGAAAUUCGGGGACAUUCCAAAGCCAGUCAUCGUCGCGAAACGCCUAUCCCAAUGCCUUCAUCCAGCGCUUCCGAUGGGCGUUCAUCUAAAAGCUUUGGAGACGUAUCGACAAGUGUUCGACAUUCUUGGAACGGAGAAGUUGGCUCAAUUAUUGUACCUCUUCGCUGUCGGACUUUUUCCACUGAUGGACCAUUGUGGAAUCAAGGUGAAAUCCGAGCUCUUCUCAAUCUUCGAGAUCUACUUAUUGAAGCUUGGCGGAAACCUUCGUCCCUCACUGCCGGGAUUCUUGGCUGGCGUUCUUUUGGGAUUAGAAGAAGGCACAGAGUUCUAUGACAGAUCGGUGGUAUUCUUGGACAAAGUCUGCGAUGCGGUUGGACCGGACACAUUCUACGGCUGCAUCUGGGAGGCUGUACUUGGGUCGCCGCCCGUGCGUCUACCUGCUUUGAUCUAUGUGAACACGAAAUUGGACAAGAACAAGACGAUGUGCGAACAGAAGCAUUUAUUGAGCACACCGGAGUUAAUGAUUGAAGCACUUUGUGCGGCAGCAGACGACAACGGAUCACCACUCGUCCAAAGGCAUCUCCUCGACUUUUUGUGCACCGCAUUCCCAUUUGAUUCACCAUUACUACCAUCGGAGCACUUUGUCAAGUUAUUGCAACAUUGCCUCUUCAUUGUGCUUCGUCGCGAUAUGUCACUGAAUCGACGAUUGUACCAAUGGCUUUUAAAUCCAACUGGCUCAACCCUCGCUGUAAGUGGUGUGGCUGUGGGCGAUGAUCGUUUGGAUGCAUCGUUCUUUCUCAAAGACGUCCUUCCUUUACUACAAAAAGCCCUGACAAAUUAUCUUGAAUUGGACACAGUCGAGAUGCAGGCGCCUGCAACAAACAGCGCACAUUUUGGAUAUUCAAUACGGGAAGGCGACCAAUCGCUUUGCGAGGUGCGUGUUUGUCGUCUGUUGCUAUACCUGCAAGAUCGGCCCGAAAUCGGAAAGCCUGUAUUGUCAAACAUCCUGCCUAUUUUCCUCAUCGACCUUGUUAAAAGGAAUCCGGAGAAUGAGCAAGCAGAGAGCGAGUCCUUUGAUGAUUCAACGUUUUCCGGAGUCAAGAAGUUUGAACCAACGCCUGCUGAACUAUAUGCAAAACGACUCGAUAGCAUCUCGAAGGCGUUUAAUUUGUUGUUGAGCUCAUUGGACGAUGGUUUCAUUUGGGAACAUUUGGCCUCUUGGUUCACGAGAUUGUUGAGACUUCAAAGCACCGACGAUGAGCAAAAUGAAGAUGAGAGGAAUAUUCACGCUCAACAAUUGCAUCACUUUCCAUGGGUUGUCCGUCAAUGUAUUUCCCUUUGUCAACUUGACUCUUCAUUCGGCGUCCGUUUGUUGCAUUUGCCGAGGUUUCUUCACUCGAUUUUGAGGGAUCUAGCUGUGAUAGAUGUGACCAAGAUCCCGAUGGAUGUCUAUUUGGAAUUGAUCUCCGUUUGUCAAAAGUUGCUGGAAGAGAUGACCGUUGGGGUUGGACCAAUUUCUGUUUUUGAGUGUGAAGACUCUACUCCAAAUUCUUCUGUCGGUAGUCCCGUAAAGAAAAUCCUCGGUGACUCACGAAGGGAUAAAGAACAGAAACUUCUCGAGGAGUGUCUUUUGGAUUGUUUGUGUCUCUUCGAGGUGAUCUCUGGUCAAUAUUUGAUAGCAAGGGACAUCAGACAGUUGCCACUUUUUAUUGCAACAUGCAAGCUUGUAUCGAGAUUCGUCGACUUCCCACUGUAUUGCCUCGAUUUGGAGACACCCAUUCAAUCGCAAUGGAUCGAAACUUUGAUUAAGGUAGUUGACGUUUGUAGAUGGACGGAACUUGGGGCGAAUUGCGACUUCACGGCUCGCGCUGCUUGCGUUGACCUGCUGUGCUAUAUUUAUGUACGAAGUUCACAAGUACUCGAGCAACACAAGGAGAUUCAAGGGGCAAAAGAGCAGCCAAUGUUCAGCUCUACAACGACAGUGUUAUUGAAGCCGAUGCUAUUGGAGAAAGAGUUGAGAACGUUGGAAACGCAAGGAAUCUUUGAGAAAAGCGCUAAAGCUUUGUGGAAAACGAUUUCAUCAAAUAAACACGCCUCAUUGCAUGCAUCGGCGGCUCAUCUAUUGGCCAUCAUUCACGCUCGACGACCACAAGAUCCGAGUAGUGAAGCGGAGGGGAUUAUGCUGGCCGAAUUGACGCAACAAGAUCAGGUCUCUUGCGCGAUUGCUGUUCGAACAUUUGACCGAGUUUGGACGUUGACACGAGGCAACGAAGAUUUGCUGCCUGGAUUGCCGCCAAAGUUGUUCUCAAGGGUCGUAAUGUUUCUUCUUGGAAUCUUGUCCGAUGAAUCGGUGGGCAGCGAGAAGAUCACGCUCAAAUCGACGGCGAUCAACUGGUUUGUCGGAUGUGCAAAACACAAUGAUUUGCCGAGGAUUGUUCAGAUGCUCUCAACGAUGUUGAUGAAUCCGGUGACAGCUCGAGUGUCGAUUCAAUACGUAACCGUGCAAGAAAAGAUCACCGGAAAUGAUGUACCGUCGAUGCCAACAGGGACACAGGCAAUCAGUUUGUUCACCAGCGAUGAGCGCCACAAGAUGCAUCACGUGAUUUUUGAGGAUCAGAGCAGUCCAUCAACUGCUUCUUCGUCGUGGUUGCCCGAUUUGCGAUCGCGCCUUUUGACAACGUUUGAAGACGUGGACACGACAAUUGAUAGAUCGGCCGACUUUUUGAAUCGAACUCGACGCCCCACACAGGACCAUGAUAUUCCGAACUUUGAUGACGAUACGGACUCUAUCUCGUUGGACACACUGUCAAUGAGCAUCAAUCAAGAGGGAAUCGAGCCGGCUGUUUACGAUUGUCUCCAAUACAUGAUUGAUAUCGUUGUUGAGAAUGAAGAAAGCGAGAUGGAUAUUGAGAGAAGAUUCCGUGAGGCUCACGAAAGUGGAAAAUUGCACACAGAGAAUGUCGUGUUUCGAGCUGGCGUUGAUUCCGAUGACAAAGCUCAUGUGCAGAUCGAGGAACAACCACCACUGCCGAAUAAAGAUUGCGUGAGCAGGAUUAAACGGGGUCACCGCCGAACGGACAGUCUUCAAGAAAGCAUAUUCAAUUGUGGAACUGAGUUGAAAUUACUGGAACAAUGCGAAAUUGCAAGACCAAACCAGAAACUCCUCUCCGCCGAUGAUGAAACUGAUGGGAUUUCCCUAUUUGACGAACUACACACGCACAUGCUUUUAUAUGGUGAAUCCGGGCGCUUGGUCGAUCUCUCACGUUGUGAAUCCGCUUUUCGCAUUUUGACGGCUCUUCUUCGACCUCGUGGUGGACCGGCUUUACCUCCAAGGAUGCUGCUGAACUGUCUCGUCUCUUCAGGCACAUCCACACAAGAUGCAUCGACUUCAAAUAACUCUGGCUCUCUUGUUGAGUUGAUGAGUCGACAUGUGAAGGCAAUUCUUGGUCAACAAUUCUGGAGCACGGGCGGCGAAGAUGAUGGAAAACAGGCGGUGAAUCGACAUUUCACUCUUCUCGAGUUGUUGCUGACAAUCACUUUACACUUCCUCCGAUCGUACUUCUUAAACUCUCCAAUAGCUGUUGUUAAUGAUGACGAUUUGGUGAAAUCCUGGAAGUGCAAGAUGGCCGCUCUCGAUUUUCUUACAUCAUUGUUGGUAGAAUUGGGCGAGAUGCUUCGGGCACAACAAUCACAGGCGCUGGUCGCUUUCAUUCAAACGAUUCUCCAGAGAAGUAAGCUGCAAAAGUGCCUGCUUCAUCUCCUUUUGACCGCCGUUCAUGAUCCAAGAGGGACCGAUUCGUCAAGCGUUCCGGUUUCCGUGACAAUUGCUGAAUUCAACGAGGGACGCUGGGCAACUCCAGAAAAACGACAGCAUAUUUUGGGCCUCCUGUCUGCUUACAAUUCUUCUCUAUUGGCGUUGACUGCGGCGACAAUUCGUUUAGAGCACGAUAUUAAAAUUGGAUAUCGAGAGUUUAAUGAACUGACGGCUUCCGGAUUUGUGGUCAAUCGACUACCGUUGACACCUACGCUAACAAUGGCAUCUCAACACCGAAGUACCAUAAGGGACUCGCAACCUCCUCUUGUCGAGCUGAAAAUGUUCUUGGUGACGGUGUUGAGCGCGAUCAAGCAUAAACCGGAAAGGCAUGAGAUCUGGUUCCAAUUUGUGAUCUACAUUCUCCCGUGGAUCGAUCGUUCGCUGGCAACUUUUUGUACGCAUGUCAUUGAGCAGUUGUGUAAGAAUAUCGAGAAUGCGGCCAUUAAUGCUUUUCCGGAAAUGGAGAAAACGAUCGCUGAACGAACACCAAGCGAGAACCCGCUCAGUGAUCAAUUCAGCUAUCCGGCUAACUACUUGAUAUCGUGCCUUGAGACGCUAACGACAGUCAUUCAUUUCUGUGUGGUUGGUGGAACGAGCAAUCUUUCAUCGACGAUCCAAGACGAGACCAAAUCGAAUAGAAAUUCUGGCGGAAUGCAGUCAAGCUCUUCGGGAAUGGUCGGCCAAGCAAUGCAGGCGAUUCCGGGGACUCAAUUGUUGACAAACCUUGUGAAAGCCGCCUUCACCUUCAAUGACACGUCAACGGCAACCGGUGUUCCACUGGCGAAGCUCGAUCCAAAAAAUGCAUCGUGGCAGGAGGCAAGGCGGCAAAUUUUGACGGGGCUUCCCCAUUCACUGGCGACACUUUGUGAUGUUUGGGGAGUCGUGAGACAAGGAGCAACUCCGAUCUAUCCGGUUGGACAAGCACAGCAUCUGCGCCGUUUGAUCAUCGAUUUGUUGAGCCCAAUUGCGCAGAAUCAUCAAUCACAUUAUCUACAAGCAAUGUCUCUUGUUUGGUUGACUCGAGCAAAACUCGGAAUUCAAAGCAAAACGGAAAACGAUGUGGCAUCUUUCACUUAUUCGAGAGCUCAAAUGGAUGUGGCUGAUUUGCUGUUAUCAAUUCGAAUGCUUUCUUUUGAGACUGUGCUUGCUGGAGUUGCAGAAUCGUUGAGGGAUCAGUCAGGAAAAGCUGGGAAACCGACAACUUUACUUUCAGAAAAGAACUCAUUUCCCACGGAAGCUCCACUACUGGAAUUGGUCCACGGCUGUUUGCGGAGUCUCACCUUUGAGCAAGUGACAAGUUGUUGGUCAUCACUUCAUUCGCUUUUCAUCGACUCAUCCCAUUCAACACUUCCACCACGAGCCGUUUUCCUGCAGUUCAUUAUGCUGUGUGAUUUUGUGCGAAUCGUUGGCCCACUUUACAUUAUCGAGGAUCGAGCCACUGUGCGAGCCGUGCACGAUUCUUGUCAAAAGCUCACAGAAGCAAUUAAUGGAAUUGUUGGAUGGCAACUUGAAGCUACAACAUGGUUGAAGAGGACACUUGUUGUGAAGUCAGAUCCAACUACAGUUGGCAAGAUUUCGCAUUCUGUGGACGCUUCACCGAUGCAAGAAACGCCAAGCAAUGGACCGGUUGAUUUGAGCAGCGUCCGGGGGAGUACAACGAGUCUUAUGCAAAAUCGGCCAGCCUCACUGGAAACGAAUUCCUUAACAUCGUCAACUUCCACACAAUACACGACAGCUCUCUCUAUACAAGAUAAUAAAAAGAGCAGCGCCAGUUUGAGGAGCUCGUUGAAACAAGUCCAGGACUCAAACAACAACAAGCGAGAUCCGGCCCAUUCUACGCAAGCUUUAUUCUUGUUAGCCGAGCACCUCCCGGAGUUGAUCGAUUCGAUUUGCAAGAGUGAUGACAAAGAGAGACUUCUACCGACGCUUCACGCUGUUUGGGCAAAUGUUGUGCCUUAUUUGAAAUCAAAGAAUGCUCGUUAUGCCCGGUUUUUCCUUGCCGCUUCGCAGCUUUUGGCUAACAUGUCAUCUUACAACUAUAUGAGGUCGGUGUGGAAAAAGACGACGCUCGAGUUGUUGCUGGAUUCAUCCUUCUUUCGCAUGGAUGUUCAUUCGAUUCGGCAAUGGUUGAUCGUCACUGAUCAUUUGAUGACGCUUGAUAAUGCAUCAAAAGCAUCAGAAAAGAGCACUUUGAUGCUGGCGCACGACAAAACAUCAUUCAAAGAAUUGCUGAAAUCAAUCUCCUACACCUCGUCAUCGUUAAAUUUGAUGCAAUCGCGUGAACAAGAAUAUGAGGCUCGAACACAGGCGCUGAAAAGAUUGGCCUUUAUCGUCUUCAGCUCGGAAGUUGAUCAGUAUCACACACAGUUGCCGGAUAUUCAAGAGCGAUUGGCUGAGAAUCUCCGUGUUUGCCCACAUCCACCAAUUCGAGCGGCCGUUCUUCUCUGUUAUCGAGUGCUUUUGAUUCGUCUUCGCCCACAUUCUCUUGUCAGCAUGUGGCCGGCGAUGGUUACAGAAUUGAUUCACGUGCUACUUCAAGUCGAACAACAACUUUCUGAUGAUCCAGCUGAUGGGAAUAAAGAAGAGUACGGUGCACGUGACGAUCAAUGGAUGCAACUCUUCUUGGCCUCCUCGAAACUUCUAGAAGCUUUGUGCACACUACCUGCCGGUUAUGUCGCUCAAUUUCAGAUGUGCAAUUGGGCCUUUGUCACAUCGGUGGCCACCGGUGAGAAUCCCGCUGUUUUCACACCGUUUGCCAAUCGUAUUAGCAAAAGACUUCAGACAAAGUAUGGACAAUUCACUGAAAUCGAGUUGGACUCAACACCGGCGACGUUGUCGGGAAUGAAGUUGUUGACGUCUUUUGAUGAACUGCGACCAUUCUUCUACGCUCUUACCAUGCACGGAAGAACGAUUGGACAGAAAAAUCAGAAAGCCGGCUCUCCAUUCUGGCGCGACGCAAACAUUCUCUCCGGUCGUUUGGGUUAUUCGGCAGCGAUUUCUCGUCUCGAGCAGGCUCUUUACGUGGAUUUCGCCGAACAUUGGCAGCUU